AAAACAUUAUUUGAUGACGACGAAUUUAUAUUUUUUAUGCAUUUUAAACAAAUGAAAAGUUGUUUUGAAAAGUAUGCUACUUGUAAUAUAUGUGGUACAAAGCUUUCCAUGUUGCAUGAUCAUUCAAGACACUUGGGUUUUUCUUUGUUUUUUCAAAUUUAUUGCAGUGGUUGUGCUUUUAAAGAUACAUUUUUUUUUUCUCCUGUUGUCAAAAACAAUAAAGCUGGUAUAAAUACUAGUGAAAUUAAUGUACGCAGUGUUAUGGCAUUCAGGGAGAUUGGCAGAGGCAGAGAUGCAAUGUUAACUUUUACCUCCAUAAUGAACAUGCCACCACCUUUAUCAAAACCUAGUUUUGACUGUAUUAAUAGCAAACUUUACGAUGCUUAUAAAUCAGUCGCUGAGCAAAGUAUGAAAAAUGCUGCUAUGGAAGUUAGGAGAAUAACCUGGCAGCGAAGAGGAUAUUCUUCUUUAAACGGUGUUGUGGUAGCAACGUCUCACGACAACAACAAAGUAUUGGAUACUGUUACAUUAUCUAAGUUUUGUAAAGGAUGUCAAAUUUGGGAAGGAAAAAAAGGGACACUCAAAUAUGAGCAGUGGAAAGUUAAUCAUUCCUGCCAAGUAAACCACACUAAAUCAGCUGGUGCGAUGGAGUCAGCUGGUGCAACAGAAAUAUUUUGCUCUUCAGUAAAUAAAUAUAAGGAAUAUAGGGAAUCGACUGCGUCUUAAAAGAAAAGAAUUACGACGGGUAAAACUAUCUGACGGAAAAAGUAUAUCUGGUAAAGGUCGUCUCACGGAUAAAGUAAUUAACAUCUUGCAAAAUUAUGUUGGAAUGGCUAUUAGACAAAAUUCAAAU